CUAGUUUAUGACACCUACACUAGUUUAUGACACCUACACUAGUUUAAGGCUGGUGGUCGGAACCAAAGACUUUCUGUUGACAUCCUGCUUAGACAAGCAUCCACGUAAGUUUGGGCGAGUCAAUCGCACACAAACGCGCGCACACCAUACAUCAAAAAGUCAGUGGAAGAGAUGGCAGCGUUUGCAGCAGCGGCAGAAAUAGUACAGAGACGAGCAAUUCGCAGAGAGCGUGUAUUUAGAGAUCGACAGGAUCCAUUCGAUUUGCCGGACCACACGCUGUUCAAUCGCUACAGAUUUCCUCGGCAUGCAUUGUUGGAUUUGGCAAAUGAACUUUGCCCGUUAAUAGAGCUACCAACAAGGCGAAGCAUGGCAACUCCAGCCGUAACCCAGUUGGCAGUGACACUAAGCCUACUUGCAUCUGGUUCCUUCCAAUGGGGUAUGGGUGAACUGCACGGAAUAUCGCAGGCACACACAGCUUGUCGUUGUUUGCAUCGAGUUGUGUCCGUGAUCAUCGGAGAAAAAUUAAGAACAACGAUCAAAUUCCCUCAGACGCAGACCGAGAGAACGAAAGUGAUGCAUGAAUUCAGCCAGAUUUCAGGGUUUCCCCGUGUCCUCGGUGCGAUCGACUGCACACACAUAGCUAUUCGUGCUCCUGCUGGCGACAUGGAAUAUGUCUACAUAAAUCGGAAGAACUAUCAUUCGAUGAAAGUACAGGCUAUCUGUGAUGCCAACAUGACCAUCACAGAUGUCGUAGCUCGCUAUCCUGGUAGCACACACGACAGCUUCAUCCUUGCGAACUCCAAGAUAGCACGCAAAUUCAGUGACGGUGAACUGGGUGAAGGCUGGUUGUUAGGGGACAGUGGCUAUCCAUUAAAGUCCUGGCUAAUGGUUCCACUAAAGAACGUCCAAACAGCAGCCGAGGAGCGGUACAACAGGGCUCAUUCACGCACACGAUCAAUUGUUGAGAGAUGCUUCGGAUUAAUGAAAUUAAGAUUCCGCAUUCUAGACAAAUCCGGUGGCAUUCUGCUGUAUACUCCUGAGAGGACAAUUAAAAUAUUUACUGCAGUAGCAAUAAUGCACAACCUUGCUAUCGCAUACAGGUUGCCAGAGGUGGCAGAAGUAGAAGUGCAAAACGAAGAAGCUGCUGAAUUCAUCGACCCAGAGAUUGAUGUUGCAGCGGCUAAUGUCAGGCGGCAACUCAUACGCGUAUGUUUUACGUGACUUGUCGUUCAAGUAGUAAAACAUAAACGGACGAAAGUUGUAUUCUCUAUAAACGGUGCUAACUGUUAAAUGUAUAUAUUGAAUGGUUUAUCAAAUUGUACAUAUACAGAAAUACGGCAAUAGGUUUAUAUAAGCAAAAGUCAAUGUUUAUGCACAAUAAAAAUCAAUAUCUUUAAUAUCAUCUUGCUGACAAAAUAUGUUUCUAAUCGAUAACAAUGAUAUGACGUUGAUAAUAUGCUGACUAUCCUGUGCUGACUAAAACAAUUCUUUUGUAUAAUGUGUGCAGUUACGUGCACAGUAUAUAUAUAUAUAUAUAUAUA